GAAACGUCGUCGUUUCCGGAACCGCGAGGUGAUUUCAGCUUCGCUCUCCCCGUUCAAAUUACGCAUAGCCAAAGACCGAGCUCUGAAGGAAGUGAUAUACCUCCGGGGGAGCGUGUGACAUAAAGGGAAGGGAAAUUCGGCGGAGUUCGCGUGAAGUCUGCGAAGUUUGGGGCCUGGCGAUGCUGAAGAGGCCUCGAUUUCGAUUUGCGCGUCGUUUGUGGAUGCUUCUGCGUGAAGUCUUAUGAUUCUUGGCUAUUUCGCGAGGAUCGGUCGAAGGACGCGAGUGAAUUGAAUCGAUUUUGGACACAGAGAGAGGGAGAGAUGCAGACGGAGGCGAGAGUCGGAGUUGUGGUGGAAGGAGGUCAGAGAGGGAUUAGCUCGGGGCAUGGGAGUCUCGCGGCGGUGGACGGAGCUGCGCGCAGAUGCUCGCAGAAGUGCCAGCAGCAGCAGCAGCAGCAGCAGGCACAGAUCGGGACGGUGCCGCAGCUGCUUGCCGGUGGCGUCGCUGGGGCCGUCAGUAAGACCUGUACGGCUCCCUUAGCGCGACUCACCAUACUCUUUCAGGUGCAAGGUAUGCAUUAUGAUUUAGCAACUAUGAAGAAGGCCAGCAUAUGGCAUGAGGCUUCAAGGAUUGUGCGUGAGGAAGGAUAUAGAGCUUUCUGGAAAGGGAACCUAGUCACAAUUGCCCAUCGCCUUCCUUAUUCUUCUGUAAACUUUUACAUUUAUGAGCAGUACAAGAAGGUGCUUCAUAUGAUCCCGGGAGUGGAAAGUUAUAGGGGAAAUAUGAGUACAGAGCUCUGCAUACAUUUUGUUGGCGGUGGUCUAGCAGGAAUGACAGCUGCAACAGCUACAUAUCCCUUAGAUCUUGUCAGAACUCGUCUUGCGGCUCAGACAAAUGUUAUCUACUACAGAGGUAUCUGGCAUGCUUUACGAACAAUAACCAGAGAAGAGGGCUGGUUAGGACUUUACAAGGGGCUUGGAGCCACUCUUUUGAGUGUGUGCCCCAGCAUAGCUAUAAGUUUUUCUGUGUAUGAGACCUUGAGAUCUUCUUGGCAGUCACAUAGGCCCGAUGAUCCCACUGUUGCUGUUAGCCUGGCAUGUGGCAGUCUUUCUGGGUUUGCAUCUUCAACAGCGACGUUCCCGUUGGAUCUUGUGAGGAGACGGAAGCAGUUGGAAGGAGCAGGAGGCCGAGCUCGGAUAUAUCAGACUGGAAUAUUCGGCACGUUGAAGCACAUAGUCCGGAAUGAGGGAUUUCGUGGUUUGUACAGAGGGAUCCUUCCUGAAUACUACAAGGUGGUUCCCGGCGUAGGCAUAUGCUUCAUGACGUAUGAAGCGCUGAAAAUGCUUCUUGCGGACAUUGCUUCUGAUUUAUAGUGUCGCUGCGAAUUCCUGGAUGCCAUUGAUCGAGGUGGAAGGAGGAGGUGGAUCAGAGGAGCAUGGUGCUGUUUCCACACUCUCUGAAUUGGCUUAGAGUGAUUUUGUUCGAUGAGUUUCCUUAUGGCAGUUCAAAGUGUCGUGCGCUGCUGUUUGGAGCUAUUUAUCCUUGUAUUGUAUAGGGGCGACAUGUUACCCGUCUUUAAUUGCCAGCGUCAAGAAAGUCACAAAUAUGCUACCUCAAUUGGAAAGUCAUUUCUUAGUUCA